UACCAGCAGGAGAAAAUGAGAAAUGAUGCUACAUCUAGUUUAGCUUCAAGUAUGCAGAAAAUGGGAGUAAAUGAAACUGUAGCUGCUAAGAGUACCUUGAACCCUUAUGCUGCCGAGUUUAUCCCAGGGAAGAACUUCACCCGACCAGCAGAAACCCCAACUCUUGUUCACCACACUAAUGGAGAUAAGAAAAGUUCAUAAUGGAAAAAUUCACUUAAGGGUGUGGAAAGAGGGAAAAUCUGUUAACUGUGGAUGAUACUCGUCAUAAAGCAGCUUUUGUUAAUUACUAUAUUGGGUUAUAAAAAUGUCAUUUAUGGAUGCAGUAUAUUGUAAUGCCUAUAAUAUAUGAAAUUAAUAGCAUUAAGUCACCGUAGACGUGAUUAUUUUUAAAGAAAUUUUUUUACUUGCAAUUUUUAUGAGUACUCAGUCAUUUUUUCCCCAUUGUAAAAAAUAUCCAAAGUCAUAUUUCUUUACAAAUGUUGACUGCUUAUGGUUAUUUUGGUAUGUGGCCUUCAGAAAUUGGCAGAGUUGAUGAAGUAGAUUUUUUUUUUAUGAGCAAUAAGAGUGACAAUGAUGCAAGAGUGAAAACAAUAUCCAGGUAGUGUAGCUUCUUUCUGCUUGUUCAUGUUGGUGUGUAUGUUGGCUGUCAUGUUUGAAGAAAAAAAUCUAAAUACAUUGAAGACAUUGAAUUAAAAUUUUAUUUGUAGUAUAAGCUGAAUUUAAGUUUUAUUUGCAUUAUCAUUGCUGAAAUGAUCACCAUCUAAGGGCCUUCGUUACCUUCAAAGUCACCUUUAGCAUGUGAAGAGGAUUGGUUUAUUAUUUUUUAAUGGUUUUUAACUUCAAAAAGUAUGAGAAUCCUCAAGUAAAUUGUAUUGUUCAUUCCUUUUUCCAGAUUGUCCUAUUUCUUGUAGGUUUCCAGAUUUUGAUUUGUAUGGUUUGUUUUACGUAUGGAAAUUGUCAUCUUAAAAUUUGUAUUAUUUGAUUUUUAUAAAAAAAAAAAACAGGUUUUCAGAAAUCAACUUUUAAUUAUGAUUCUGGAAGGUACUGUAUAUAAAAUAAUGGCAUGUACAGUAUUCACUGUUCAAAAAUUCCCAAGAGUAGUUCACAUUUGAAAUACAAUGUGAAGUUGAAGUCCCGUUGUGCUGUAAUGUCUGGUGUUAGAUGCUGACUAGUAAAUUUAAGGACAAGUAUUUGAUAGGUGUAAUUUUAUCUUAGUACUUUGGCUCAUGAACUUUGCUUAUUUCUUUUGGUGUAAUUGAAAUGAGAAGACAUUACAUUUGUGUAUUUUGGACAAAAUUUGAGAUUUCCUUUUCCUUUUGAACUUGAGUAAAUUUUGUCAAAUAAGAGAGAUUAAGGAUCUCUAAUAUUGCCUGUUUAACUUAAUGGAACUUGAAUAGAUAUUUUAUCUCUUACUGUAUUUUAUAUACAAUAUGUUAACAGAAAGGCAUCCUCACAACAGAGGGAUAACAAAUGUAGUAGUUUAAUGUUAAUAAAAUGGUAAAAACAUUUAUUUUAUUCAAACUUGCAUGCUUUUAUUUUUGUACAGCUGUUGCCUGCAAGAAAUACUCAAGUGUUACUUAGCCAUCAAGAGUACAUCAUCGGUGUUAUGCUACUAUGGGUUAAGGUCUAUAGCACGAGUUAAAUUUUGAGUUUUUGUCAGAUAGACCCCUAGUCACCGGAAGAAUUAAUUUUCCUUCAGGCAACUUAAAUAUGAAUUGUAAGGGUAAACUCAGCAUAUGAGAUUUGAUAAGCAAGUCUUAAAAUACAAUUUGUCCAAGACUAUUUUCUGCAUAGUACAUAAAUAUUGUAUAGUUUAAGGCAUUUUUUUAAACUAUAGGAUGUUUAGUUUGCUUGUACUAUAGGCAAUACCUUAUAUUAUCGUAUUUAUGUGGAACAUUUGAGGAUCCUAGGUAGCAGUUACAUAAAACCCCAGUGAUUAUGAUUAAGGUCCUAGAUAUUUAUGCGGCAUGUUAGAUUUGUCUUGUAUUUACUGUGGUACAUUGAAAGAAUUUCAAAGAAUUUAUUGCUCUGUCUUUGUGCUAGGUGCACUCUAAUGUCAUUUAAGUUCUAUAAGAUUACAGUGUUUGCAGCAAGUUCUGGUUGUUUAAUACCAACCAGUAAGCAAUGUUUGCAGUGCUUGGGACUACCUGAUACUGAAUUAAAAAUUUUAAUGAAUGCAUCAGGUUUCAAAAAUUUGAGAGACAAGUCUCAUUCAUACUAGUAUUAAGAAGUGUACAAAAACCACUUAAAUGAAGAAAAUAGGCAUUUCUACACUAAGCACUAAAUAUUAUACUGUGUAGGUCUACAUACUGUAUAUAUUUUUGUGGAUAUCGUACUUCAUGUUCCAGCAAGUUUUAUAAAUAUAUAUUUAUAUAUUUCACUGAUGUAAAGCAAAUGUUAGUUUGCACUGGUAAUUAUAACUUGAAUCAAGAUUUUUAAUUUCCAUGUGCAAUGACUUAUAUUUUCUUGACAUGUUAGUAUUUUUCUCUGCCUUUUAAGAAAGCUCAUCUUUCAGUAUUGCAACAGAAUCUGUAUUUUCCUUUCUAACACAAGGUAUUUAUCUAACCAUAAUAUUUAAAAAAAAAAAAAAAGAGGACACAAAGCACUUAUUCUGAAUUGUGGGAAAUUGAUUAGUGGAAUUUUAAAUUCAGUAUAAAAUGUUAUUCCCAUUUUCCUUAGCAUCAGAAGUUUCCUACCUAUAACUGGAUACUGGCUAAUUUUACUUUUAAUGGGCCUUCUUUUCUUAGCUGAGUACUUAUCCUACGCUGUAUUAAAACAAAUAGUCUUGAUGGACCUCUUGUAAGUACUACUAUAUGAAGGGCCUUGAUUUAUUUUUCCAGUAUAUUUUGCAUGGCAUUGCAACUUGGUUGCUGCCACACCUUGCCAAAUUUUUUUAAUCAUAAAAUUUGUGAGUACACUUUAAUUUCCAUGUUUGCCCUAACCAUUUUCUCUUUCCAUAUCUUUCUUGUCUAUUUUUAUUUUGUACACAUUACCAGAGAGGAUAAAUAUAUAAUAAUGUACUGUAUAUUCAUAUUUGCAUUAUGUACAGGUCGUCGUCUUUCAAAUAAGUUUGUUGAAAGAAUUUGUCAUGAUACUAAAUGGUGUUGACACAGUAGGCAAGCAAAAUAAAUUAUGAUUUUUUAAUGCUGAGGUGCUGUGGCACUGCUUGUAUAUCUAAUUGGCUCUCUUCUGGAUAAGAAGAGAGCCAAUUAGAUAUACAACCUGUGUACAAACUCCAUACCAUUCUUUUCGACUCCACCCACUCAUACCAGGUUCUCUUCUUGACCCAUGUCACUUUUGACAGCCAGUUUUGUACUAUGCAUAAUAAGAUUUGCAAUCUUUAAAGUGCAUUUUUUAUAAUUUGGUAAGGUAUAUAAAAGUUAAAUUACUGCUUUUCACACACGAUUUACUUAAGACUUAUCUUCCUAGCUGCAAAAACUGAUUAUUUAUUGUGGUGUAAACCAUCCCUUGAAGAGGUAAUUAACGAACAUGACUUAAAUUAUUUUUAUUUUUGCUCUAGUGCAAUCUGGGAUGUGUGUAUAUGUAAUACUUCAUAGACUUUGAUAUCAAAGAUAAUUUCUUAAUUUGUAUAUAAGCCUUUUUACAAUAAUUCUCAUACAGUACAUACAUUUGUCAUAAAAAUCUGAAAUGCAGGUGUAAAAUACUAGAUUGGGGAUAUAUGUAAAUGGUGUAAAUAAGGAUUUUAAAAAGCUGUAUUUGUCAUAAGUAUAUUGAAUUUAUUUAACAUU